AUGGUGCCCGAAAAGGAAGUUGAAUGGUUCACACGUUUUUCGUCAUUAAGACGUAUGCAACGAGUCACAGCCAUAAUGUAUCGGUUUAUAAGACACACGCGCACGAAACGCGUUCCAUAUGUCGCACCCAAAUAUAUACAUGACCCUAUCUCCGAUGAAGAAAUUUCAAAUGCGAUGUUACCGAUUAUUCGUAUGACACAAUCGUUACACUUUGUAAGUUUGUUGAGGAUCCUACAAGUACCUACUACAAAGAUAGUCCCUCGUUCAAUUGCCCAACUUGCGCCGUUUGUUGAUAAAACCAACAUUAUUCGGGUGGGUGGACGUCUCCGAAAUUCAUGUGUAGCAGCAGAAACUAAAAACCCAAUAUUAUUACCAAAAUCAAGUACGUUGACGACACUCAUUAUUCGCCAUUUCCACUUGAAUCAUUUCCACGCUGGACCCCAAUUAACGUCAUCGCUAAUAUCAAGUUGUUAUUGGAUAAUAUCCAGUCGAUCUGCCAUACGUUACGUUGUCUUCAGAUGCGUUGUGUGUGCUCGCCAUAGGGCAUCGAGUAUUCAUCCUAUGAUGGCCGACCUCCCUUCUAGUCGAGUAACAUUAUGCCGACCAUUUUUGCAUGUUGGUAUCGACUUUGCUGGACCACUUAUCAUAGCCGAAGGCCGUCGUAAGAACGCACGAUCGAUAAAAUGUUACCUUUCUAUUUUCGUGUGUAUGACUAUCAAAGCUGUACACAUUGAAGUGGUUUCAGACCUUUCAACAAGUACGUUUUUGGCUGCUUUGCAACGCUUUGUCGCUCGACGUGGUACCCCAUCAGACAUUUACACUGACUGUGGAACAAACUUUAAAGGAGCAGAACAACAAUUACGUCAUAUGAUGUUAGAUGCCACCGCCAAAACAACAUAUACAAAUGCAAUUUUAUGUAAGUGGCAUUUUAACCCUCCUGCAGCCCCACAUUUUGGUGGCCUGUGGGAGGCUGCUGUAAAAUCCACAAAAUAUCAUUUAAAACGAGUUAUUGGAACUCAACGGUUAACGUUUGAAGAAAUGGUCACAUUAACAAGUCGGAUUGAGGCUCUACUUAAUUCUCGCCCGAUAACUCCAUUGUCUGCUGAUCCUAAUGAUUAUCGUGCACUAACGCCAGGACACUUUCUUAUUGGUCAUCCAAUGGUUGAAGUACCAGAAAAGGACGUAAUCGACAUACCUCAAAACCGCCUCAAUCGUUGGGAACUCCUACGACAAAUGUAUCAGUCACUCUGGAAAAGAUGGUCAACAGAGUACUUAUCAUCGUUGCAACGACGCACAAAAUGGGUAGACAAUCAACCAAACGUCAAGAUUAACGACUUAGUAUUGAUAAACAUGCCGAAUCAACCACCUAUACACUGGAAACUAGGUCGCAUACAACAAGUUCAUCCGCGCGCAGAUGGCGUGGUGCGUGUAGCCACGGUGCGUACUGAACAUGGCACCCUAACACGACCAAUAGUCAAACUAGCCAUCCUUCCUCCUGAUAAUUGA